GUGACAUUUGUUUUCAUUCUUGCUUUUAUGAAGGACAUAAAUUUCAACCACAUUUCUGUCUCUGAGUUUAUCUGUGUUACAGUGAAGUUAAAACCAGUGCAAGCAGAUUAAUGAAUGGUAUUAUCUCCAUUUAGUGACACCAGGUAGUGCCUGUGCCCAGGAAUCCAGGGUGGAUCUGCCCUUGGGUGUGGGAAUACCCAUGCACAGCAAUUUUGGGCACUUCAUACAAUGUGGUGUAAGAGACCAAAAGGCAGUUGCUGUACUACCCAGCGCAGAAGAACAACAGCUUUUCCUAUCAUCAAGUACUUUUUACAGAACUGCAGCCAAUGGAAUAAUGUGCUUGCACUGCCCUCCAGAGAGGACAAAAUGAAACUGGUGCUGGAGCCCCUCUGCUAUGGAGACGGGCUGAGAACUGGGGCUGUUCAGCUUGGAGAAGAGAAGGCUCCAAGGAAACCUUAGAGCCCAGUCCAGUGCCUCACAGGCAUCCAAGAGACCCCCUAUAUACCUAUCUAUGAAACAUGUAUGCCUUCAGAAUGAUUUAUCUUCAGACAUCCUCUUUAGGUUCUUGAGUUAUUUUGAAGUUAAGGGUACUAAAACCCAAGUGUUUUUCAGACAGAUUUGCUUUUGCUUCAGUUCUUUGCUUCCUUUCUCCCAUCCACUGACAAACAUCUGGGAAUACGGCCUUGGAACUGUGUUUUGACUCUCUUUGCUCUCCUGUGAAAACAGCUUUGACAUGAUGUAUCUUGAGACAUGCUUAUUUUACUAGUAGUGUGUCCUGUUCAGCUGAGGUGUCAGAAACAAUAAUUCCUAAAAGGAAGUGUUGAAGAGCAUCCAUUUAUGUUAGGUGAAAGAUUAGUGCUCUGGGGCCCUUCUUCUCCAAACAAGAAAAGAUCUCUGUACUUUUUCCUCUGCAAAGUUGUCUCUCAUUAAUAGCUUCCUACUUUGGUUUGUUUAGAGAAAAAUAUGUUGCUUAGGUUGAAGGACUGACUCCUUUCUAGGACAGGCCCAUUUCCUACUCAAAACCUACUUACUCAAGCUCUCUGCCAUGUGCUGUGGGUAGUUGUGUCAGGGCACAAGUCCUUCCCUAUGUAAUUGCUGAAUACAGAGGUGAACAUCCUCACUUCCAUGACUUGUAAUUCCAGAGGUGAAAUGAAGGAGCAGAAUUCCAUGCCUAAGCUAAAGGCACUCAGGCACUCCAGGGCACGGGGAAGCUGUGGGAAUACUGAUGCACAGCAAACUAGAGAUUUAUGGAGCCCUUCCUGAUCCAUGUCCCUGACAAAGAAGAUAGCAAGGUGCAGGAUAAGAGUUUCAAUAAAGAUAAGAGUUGAUAAGAGUUUGAGUCUGAAACCCACCUGGAAGGCCAAGGAUUACUGCUAUAAGCAACCACUUCUGGAGACAGAGAGUGGCAGGUUGUGCAUGGAGCAUCAGUUCUGGGAUGGGAUUAGCUGAGGAAAAACACUCUCAGGGCAUUCAUAAUCAUAUCACACUUACUUCUAAUCUUUACAAUGUGAUGUAAUUAUUAAUUGAAAGCAGCACUGGGCCAAAUUUUAAUGACACUGGAGUGCUAUAAACUGUAGUAAUUCUGCUUAAGAGUAUGUUUUUUCUCCCGUGCAGUCAAUCGUAAUGCUGACAGAUAACAAACACUGGGGAAGGAGUCAGCAACUUUGGGCCAGAUGAAGAAGGUGUCAUGUGGAGUCUGGGUGGGUCUUUCACCAACUGCACUGAAGACAUAAAGAUACCACAUUCCUCUCUGCAAUAUUCCUCCAAGUGGACUUAGGUAGCUGAUAAGGACAAUGCCAUCAGAUGCCAUUCCAGAAGGAAAUCUAACUGUUAUAAUAAUGUUUCAAAGGUGGAGAGUCUGAUGUUGGUUGGCUGAUGCCCCAUGGAAAGCUCAGGAACAUGCCCUAUAUAUUGCCAGAGAUGAGAGGGACCAGCUUCUGUUCUCACUGCAAAAAUGGGCUCCAGCAUCUUCCUGCUCUGCCUGACACUUCUGCUAUGUUCUGUCUGUGGUUCUCCAGUCUCUGUGAGACACCCCUCCAGUGAAGCUGAUGCUGGAGCUGGUGAGAUAUUCAAAGACAUUCCCCAAAUCAACCUGGCUGCUGGAGUGGACCUCUUUCAGGGUGAUAUCUUGCUCCCUAAAAACCAGCGAAAUGCCUUAAGAAAUGAGACCUACAGAUGGAAGUUCCCCAUUCCCUAUAUUCUGGGUGAUGACCUAGACCUGAAUGCCAAAGGAGUCAUUCUCCAGGCAUUUGAAAUGUUCCGCCUCAAGUCCUGCAUUGAUUUCAAGCCAUACGAAGGAGAAAGAACCUACAUUUUCUUUAGCAAACAAAAUGGGUGUUGGUCCAUGGUGGGGGACCUGCAGACUGGACAGAACCUCUCAAUUGGGUCAGGGUGUGACUACAGAGCAAUUGUGGAACAUGAGAUCCUGCAUGCUUUAGGAUUUUACCAUGAGCAGUCGAGGAUGGACCGGGAUGACUAUGUGAAUAUCUGGUGGGAUGAAAUUAUUCCAGGCAAAGAACACAAUUUUGCAAAGUAUGAUGACACCUACAUCACUGACCUGAACACUCCCUAUGACUACGAAUCACUGAUGCACUAUGAACCCCUUUCAUUUAACAAAAAUGCAAGCGUCCCCACAAUCACAGCAAAGAUACCAGCAUUUGAUGACAUCAUUGGACAACGUCUGGACCUCAGUGCCAUUGACCUGGAAAGACUGAAUCGCAUGUACAACUGCACUUCAACUCACACCUUUUUGGACCAGUGUUCUUUUGAGCUUGAAAACAUCUGUGGAAUGAUCCAGGGCACCAACAACGACCAAGAUUGGGUCCACCAACAGGGCAGCCUGAUGGGGCAGGAGGACCACACACUUUCUGGGCGCUGUAGAGAUGCUGGCUACUUCAUGUACUUCAACACCAACUCUGGCCAGGCAGACCAGGUGGCAAUCCUAGAGUCCCGAAUCCUGUAUCCAAAGAGAACUCAGCAGUGCCUCCAGUUCUUCUACAGGACCACAGGAAGCCCCUCUGACAAGCUGAUCAUCUGGCUUAAAGAGGAUGAUGGCACUGGGAACAUUCGCAAGAUGAGGAAAAUUCAAACCUUUCAAGCGGACAGCGACUCCAACUGGAAAAUUGCCCACGUAACCCUCAACGCUCAGAAGAAGUUCCGUUAUCUGUUCCAAGGACUGAAGGGCAACCCCAGCUCCUCGUCGGGUGGGAUUGCUAUUGAUGAUGUGGCUCUGACAGAGAUGCCCUGUCCCACAGCUGUGUGGGUCGUUCGCAACAUCAGCAAAAUCCUGGAGAACUCGUCCAUCAGCGUCAUUGAAAGCCCCCGGUUUUACAGCCCUGAGGGCUACGGGUUUGGCAUCAGCGUGUUUCCCAACUACCAAAACAGUGGCUAUGCUCGUGUUGCCUUCCACCUGUGCAGUGGAGAGAACGAUGCAGUGCUGGAGUGGCCGGCUCUGAACCGCCAGGCCACGCUCACAGUGCUGGACCAGGACCCCGAUGUCCUGACAAGGAUGUCCUCGAGCAAAAGCUUCACCACAAGCAAGGACCAUGUUAACUCAGCUAAUGGAACUAUAAUAUGGGAUAAACCAUCAAUUGCUGGAAGAUUUGAUGAGUCGUGCAAUUGCUACAGAAGUGUAUCCUGGGGGUGGAGUAACUUCAUAUCCCACAGCCAGAUGAGACGGAGAAGCUUCCUGAAAAAUGAUGACCUGAUUAUUUUUGCAGAAUUUAAUGAUAUAAUUCACCUCAAUAACACUGAAGUUCCUGUUGGACCUGUGCAAUCUGCCCUCACGGAAGGCCUUGUUCUUGAAAGGCAGAAAAGAGCAGCCCAGGACAUGGAGCCUGAUCUGCCAGACCCGUGUGACCCAAACCCGUGUCAGAACGAUGGAAUCUGUGUGAAUGUGAAAGGAAAAGCAAGCUGCAGGUGCCCAUCAGGACGAGCCUUCUUCUUCACUGGUGAGAGGUGUCACUCAAGGCAGAUCCAUGGGAAUAUCCUGGGAAUGUUGAUUGGUGGAAUUGCUGGAACCAUUGUCUUAACUAUCGUGCUAAUUUCCAUGAUGGCUAGAAGAUGAAAAAAAAAAUGCAGCAAGGACGAAUUUCAACCUGGUUUAUAAAAUACCCAUUUUCAGUGAAAAACGAUGAAUAUAACUGUGGCAGUGUGUUAAUUUAAUCGAUUAGGCUUUCUAUACUUUUGUACUUGUUGGGUUCCCUGUACCCCACCCCUCGAUUGUUCCUUUGUUUAACUCACAUGACUCCGGCACCUGUCAUGCGGCACACGGUUAGCUGCCUGUCAUUUCUCCCGCCUUUGUAAAUCCCUCCUAUUUUUCCCCUGAUUAGUCCAAGUGAUGUUCUAUUACACCUGUAUCUCCUGGCAACCUGCCCCGGUUGGCUGGCAGUGGCUGGCCACCCCCUUUGUCCCCCCUCCAAAUCCUUUGGACAAAAA